AUCUAUUCGUCUUCCCCCAAAACCAGAGUACAGUUCCUUGCCCAGUUAGUCCGUUUACUCUAGCGUGUUAUUCCGACUUUCGCCGGUUUUGCCAUGAAUGUCGGAAAGUGUCCAAACCAACCGAAAAGGCCUCUAAGCGCUUUCUUCGUUUUCAUGGAGGAUUUCCGGAAGACUUUUAAUGAGCGAAAUCCGUUCAGUAAAUCAUCUGCAAUAGUUGUCUCUCGAGCCGGGGGUGAAGAGUGGAGGAAUAUGUCCGCCGCCGAUAAAGCUCCUUACUUACUCAAGGCUGUUAAACUUGAGGCCGAGUACAGCAAGAACAUGCAGGCCUUUUAUAGUAAGGUGCGCGAUUAUUAUAGAAAGCUGCUCGAUAGUAGAGAUGCUGAACAGGAACCUAAAACCCCCAAAACUCUUUCUCAAAAGAGCGAUGAUGGAGGUGAGUAAAGAGCGCAUUGAUGAACCAAUACAACAACAACAACAUCCAAGCCUUAGUCCCAAACGAUAUUGGGGUCGGCUAACAUGAAUCCAUACAUGAUAUCAUCCAAAAGAAAAGAAAGGAAACAAAGAUAAAAAAGAUAAGCUAUUAUAAAAAAGAUAAUAUAAAAUAGAUGAAUAUACAUAUAAAAGAUAAAAUAAAAUAAAUGCAGCAAUUUUCCCUCAUUUUAUUUAUUUAUUUAUUUUAGCGGUCCCUUACAUUAUGACUAAUUACUUACUAAUUAUAAAGGAGAAACUGAAGAAAGAAGAAAGCACUCUGGUGGAAAUGCUGAAACAUUUCCGGUAGAAAAAGUUACAGGUCAUGUGAAUAUGUUCAGCACAGCAGACCUUGUUGUCCGUUCAAAGAAAAUUCUCAGUCCUGAUAAAGGGAAGCCUGGGCAAGCCUCUGAUCCUCACUCUACUAUAGCUUCCGGGAUCCCUAAAACUGUGUUGUUGCCUGAUGCCUCUUCCUCGGUAAAUAAUUCUAAGAGCCUUCCACCUUCAUCAGCCUGUCCACCAUGCCAUGGACAGAACAAAAGAAACUCACCUUCUUCUCCUAUUGCCUUGUGUGUAUCAAAGAAGCCCCGAGUGAACUUGGGCAAUGAACAUAACAUUUCAUUAACAAAGAGUACCAUCAAAACUGAAGAAGUUUCAGAGGACACUUAUCCUCCGUUUGAUAUGGAAAUACUGGAGAGUGUAUUUUCAGAGAAACUGUGCGAAUCUGUGAUGAUAUAUGCCUUCAAGGUACUUUAUAUAGUCAUUAUUUCCCUUGGUUUUUCCUGUUCUAAAAUAAAAUUUAUGAACAAAAAUAUGACUACAUGAUACCUACAGUUCCUGCUGAAAUACAAUCAUGGUCACUCCAUUGUAUAAUACGUAGUACUAUAAUAGAACAUCACCAUGGCUACUAUACAAUCACUUUUAAAUACUCUAUUAUGGUCAUGUACUGCUCAGUAAAAGUGAUAAUGUUGUCCACUAUUUUUGUCUUAUUCAUUUGUUUGUCAUUAUUACUCUUUUAAUUUUGAUCGGCUUGGUCCCCUCCUCUAUAUCGCCUCUUGCAGUGUGUUUUGUGUGUCCUUGAAUUGAAAAAUUAUGCCAACACUUCUGCAAGUGAUGAUCUGAGUGCUUCUAGGAACAGGUUUGAUGUUCUGACUUCCCGCGUCUUGCAAAUGAAGAUCAUUCAAAGAGAUCUUCACAGAACCAGAAAGUCGAUUAUAAAAGAUUUUCUGGACUCCGAUGAGUUUGCAGAUAUCAAGACUGACUUUACCAAUAAGGC